AUCAGGAGAAUAAUGUUAGUUUAAUGAUAAAAAUGUAAGAAAUUCAUGGCAUAUCUGCGGAGGUAUACGGUGGUAUUUUUAUGACAUGCAUUUAUUUUAUGUAAGAUUAAGUUACCUUUCUAUCAUUUUAUUCAUCAGUUCCUGCGAAUUUUCAGUUUUGUACAAAGCAAAGUGUAAAUGAAUUCCUCAUUUUUGAUUUUUCAAAGAAAAAGUGACAACAUGGCGUACGGAACAAGUGCAGAUGAAAAACUUGUUAAACAGUUUACCAAAGCAUGCAAGCUUUCUGGAAGUGAUGAUAAGACCAUUAUGAACAAGAAAUGUAGCAGAAACAUCCGAAAGUUCUUCUGGGAAGAAAUAUCAGAGUUCGAUGGCCUCAAUCUAAGGGCAUGUGAAGAAGAGGUUUUUAAACGGCUUAUGAAUCCAAAGACAGGAACUAUAAUAGUGGAUGGAGCACAUGUGGAAGCCUAUUUAACAGAAAUGGCACAUGAGAUUACAAAACGUAAGAAGGACGAUUCGAAGAUGAUGCGUAGUGAUCCCAGAGUUACAAUUACCAAAGACUUACUUGAAAAGAUUGUCAGAGAAACAAAAGUAUACGUCACUGGCAAAGUUGAAUAUGUUGAUGCUAAAGAUAUUGACGAACCAACUCGCACUGCCUACAAUAAGAAUUAUCAAUUUGUGAAACCCGAAUUCCCGAAAGGCGUGAGGCAGAUCUACGAUAUCAGGAAAAGGAAACCUAUUGUCAUUGCGAAGAGAGACUACGGGAACUUGAGCUAGGAAUCACUCCUUUGUUAAAAUUUAUAUCAUAGAACACUAGUACAUAUGCAUCAGUUAUUUCAAUUUUUGUUUCUCCGAGCAUCAACAUAUACAAGAAUGCCGGGAUUUUUAGGGAGUAAAGAGCUUGAAUUGCAGUCCAUAUUGAUGCCAUUUUGCAAUGACUGCCGAUUUGUGCCAACAAGUGCGUAUCGUUUUCCGUAAAAGUGUGUUUAUUUAACCGAUUGAAGAAAGGCCUAGUAGAGAACAUAUCUUUAAUGCUUAAAACUUUUCUGAAUUUUCAACUAAAGAGACAAAGGAAAAUAAUUCUUUAACGCCUGUCUCUUUUCGUUCAGUUCCAAAUAUUUUCAUUAAUUAAAUGACAUUACAACA